CUGCGCGAGCUUCGCCCUUUGCCCCGGACGCGGAAGGUUUGCUGUCGGAGGGCAGAGAUGUUGAAGAUGGCGGAGGAUGGGGAGGUGCUGUGAUGAAGCGUGGCUCCAGUAGGGAAAAGGACAUGAAAGAGGCCAUCUCAUAUCAAGGAAUGAUAAUCUCUGCCAACUUGACCAAGGCACCAAGUUCUGUUUUUAUUGAUUUAUUCUUAUCUUCCGGGAGCAAUGGUGAAGUACUACUUGUGUCUGAAUGACCUGAAGAAUUCAUGGGACCAAGUAUUGGCUGCUUUCUGGCAGCGCUAUCCAAACCCAUACAGCAAACAUGUACUUACAGAGGAUGUCAUCCACCGCGAAGUAACACUUGACAGGGUGAUUUCCCGACGACUUCUCACCAAGACGAGCAUAGUCCCUCGGUGGGCAGAGCGAUUAUUUCCCACUAAUGUUGCCCACUCAGCUUUCGUUGUAGAAGAUUCAGUAGUUGAUUUAAAACACAAAACUCUGACUACAUUUACCUGGAACAUCAAUCAUUCACGGUUUAUGGUAUGUCAUGAGUGUUGCAUAUAUAGAUUACAUCCUGAGAAUUUGAACUGGACUCAAAUUAAACGUGAAGCCUGGAUUUCUUCAAACUUUUAUGGCGUCUCACGAGCUAUUCAGGAAUGCGGCCUUGCCAGUUUUAAGAACAGCAUAACUAAAACUAUGAAAGGUUUUGAAUACAUUCUGGCUAGAAUGCACGGUGAAACACCAAUGAAAACAUUGAGAGAGACUGCGAAAGAAGCAACCGAGAAGGCUAAGGAAACUGCGCUGGCAGCUACAGAGAAAGCAAAGAAUCUUGCCAGCAAAGCAGGACCACAGAAAAAAACCCAAUAUGUUUAAGGCUUUGUUUUUUUACCCUCUAUUGUGUGUGAAAACACAAGGUCAAUCAGUGCAGUUUGGCAUAUCGAGCAGUCGCAACCAUCAAUGUACCGGUCAUUUCAUGGAGAUAUUUGCAGAAAUUUAGUCAAUCAGUCCAACAGAUUUAGUAGAAUGAAUCCAAAGGAAGGCAUUAUACAACCAAUGUAAAGUAUUUAUCAUUCAAUCUAAAAAAAAAAUCCAAUUAAGCAAUUUUAAAUCAGCAACAUUUCAAAUUGAAGAUAGUUCAAGAUAUUUUGAAGUAUUCUAAAUUAAGGCACUUUGUCUGGUCUUUGGACAAGCUUUCCAAACAUGAUUUGUAGAAUUUUGUUUUAAAAGCUGCUGUGAAUUGGGUGGGGUGUAAAGGAAAGGGAAGAAUAAGAAAUAUUGUUUUGGAGAGUGAGAUAGAGGCAAAAAACUAUUAUGAUGCAAAACAAUUAAAUGCACAUCAUGUUCUUUAAGUACUUGUUUCUGUUUGUUGAAUCUUAUGCAAAACUGGAGGAAGAUCUUUAGAUAAUUUUAACUCAAUUAUAAAGGGUUAGAGACUCAGGAGUGAAAAUGCAAUCAGAUCUGCCUCAAUGACCUUCCCUACCGAGAAACUAGCUAAUCUCUUCCUCAGGGCGACAAAAGAUUUGCACUUGCAUUUCUGCUUGUCACCAAGGUUACUACUUUUGCUGUGUUCCAUUGGAGUCAUAAGGCGAUUCAGCACAGAAGUGGACCCUUAGACCCACCUUGUCCAUGUUAACCAAGUUGCUUUCUGGGCUGGUCCCAUUUGUUAGCAUUUGGGCCAUAUCGCUCUAAUCCCUUCCCUAUUUGUAUAUCUGUCCUUUGUGGUCAGCAUUGGGACAGAGGAAACACUGGAUUCAUUGUGUUUAUGGGAGCAAGGCAAAAGUCUAUAAUACUCAAUCACAGAAAACGUCAGGAAAUAAUAAUCUGUAAGUUCCCUCAGUCUGUUUUGCGACCAGUAACAUUUCCAUUUAAUGCUAACCCUUUUGGUUUCCCUCUUUGUUUCCACGUAAAUAUUUAUUUUCAUGGACUAGAUGAUAGGUGGUAUGAACUCAACAUAAAUAUCUUGUAACUUCAGUGCUUUAUCACAGGGAAACAUCUUUAAAAUGUGUUUAAGGCACAUCAGAUUGCUGUGCCCUGCAACUCAGAAUUAAAAACCAACAGGAAUUGUGGCAUUUGCUCAUUAAAAAUACAACAUUCUUAUUUUGUCUCAUGCGUACUAUUAUAGGUUUACUAUAUAGUUCGGAUAUUAAUGGUACUUUAUUGUCACAUGAACUCAGGUACAGUGAGAUUUCUUUUUGUAUACAGUUCAGUAGCAAUCUUACCAUACAUUAGAUACAAAUGACAAAUAAAUUGAUUCUGAUUCUGAUACAACCAUACAUAAGUACAAGCGUGAAAUAUAGUAGAUUACACUGAGGCAGUAUACAAUACAAAAAUACUUUCUUAGCCAAGUAUGUUUUGCAACAUACGAGGAAUUUCAUUUGCCAAGUUAGUCAUACAACUAAAAAGUAAUGGAACACACAAAAUACAUUUUAACAUAAACAUCCACCACAGUGACUCCUCCACAUUUAACUUUGCCAUAAAUGCACGUUGUCCAGUUGGCCGCACUGGAUUGGAGUUUCAGGCGGACAGGAUUUAACAUUACUGUAUGUUCUGCUCACUAUUGGGAGAUGGGGGACGUUGUUUGCAAAUUUCCUGAGGCCAGUUUUGUUUCCAUCUCUUUUUGAAAUAUCCCAACAAUUCUACGCUGGAAGUCUCAUCCCAAAGCUAUGUUUACUGUUUUUAUAUUGUUUUGUUAGCCAGCAAUGUGAUCAGCAACUGUGAGGUUUUAAAACUUGAUACUGUACUGUCAACCACAUUUGCUAAAUGUAUCUGAAACAAAGUGUGUAAAUUAUGUGAAAAUGUUUAUUGUUAAAAAUAGAUAGUGUUGUAAAAAAUUGCAAUAAAGACAACUUGGCCAGAACUCCAUUACACUU